GAAGAAUUGACGACAUGUCUGAAAAUGUGACAGCCAGAUAGGAGAGUGUGUAACAAAUUCAAUCUCCUCUACGGCACACUCGGCAAGUGCACGAAGUCUUGCAUUGUCAUCUCUUGCAUUAUUACAAUGGCACCAAACCGCAGACCUACUACCAGGCAGAAGAAAGCUGAAGAAGAGAUUCGCGAAGCCAACUUCACUGCUGCUAUUCAGGCUAUCAGAGAGAAAAAGACCAAGAACCUCCGAACAGCAGCUGCAGAGUUUAAAGUCUCAUACCAUACUCUUUGUCGACGGGCACAGAACCUCACUAAACCUCAUUCAAAAGCCCACAAAAACCUCCAAUUACUUACUGAAGGGCAGGAAGUAACAAUAUGUGUGAACGAGUUAUGCGAUAUAGCUGCGGCCUUGCGAUUACCAGAGACUGGACUUAAGGCAGAGUUGCUCCAGCGAAUCAUGCAGUUCUUCGACGGCCAACCAGAACUCAAGAAAAACCAGUGGUAUGAGGGUUUAUUUAAUCCCUCUUGUUCUCGCAGGCGGUGUUACGACUUGGAUGGUAUCUGUUGGCGACGCUCAAACAGAGCGUGUGUCGUCAAUGGUCGAGGACGUCCUUGGGCUAGCCCAAGGUUAGGGGUCUUACUUGGCGAGGCUUCAGCAAGUAAGAUUUGA